UGGUCACAAAUGUUUGUCCCAACCCACUGCUAACAACGGUGUGAGCAAGAGGAAACGGUGGGACUUGGGCAGCGCCUGGUACGGUUAAAUACACUCAAACCUAGUCACGCAGGGAUUCCCCACCGAGGUAAGCGAUUCCUGCAACCACGCCCUCAGAAAAAUGUUAGAGGAUUCAACCACAAGACUGAGGCUGUGAUGGCUGCAGGGCUGUCAGUUUGAGUAGCAAAUGCCCCGCGCCACUGGAUCAGCGUAGUUCUGGUCCUGGCCCCCGGCUUCACGGAAGACAGAAGCCCCACCCUGGGGCGGGCUGAACCUGUGUCUCCGGAGAGGCUCCAGUCUUCACCUCUGCCUUGGGAGUCGUGUCCUGACUUCCAGCAAGGACCCAGCAGCCUUUCAUGGCGGUCCCUUUGGCCUCCUGAUGUGGACUCAGGUGGAACAUAACGGCGAGCACCGGGCCUUCGACCGAAUCCCUCAGCUCCCAACACAGAAAGCCCUUUCACCCUCUUCCGUGCCUGACUGUGGGUGGCCACGGAAUCCAGGGCCUCUACAAACUCCCUGCCCCCCACCCUCCUGCGUGCUGCCUGCAGCCAAGAUCUACAGACAGGCUCAGCAAUUCCUCACCCUCUGCCUCGACAAGCCCUGGAGACACUGAAGGACUUGCCUAUAUCUCAUUUUCAUUUCCACUGUAAAGCUUUCCCAGAUUGCCCAAGAAGUGAUUUGGAAAUGAGUCACUCAGAACUUCUCCCUCUGAGAUCAGAUAGUGGUGGAGAUCCGGAGGUCCGCUUUAGGAAACAGAAACGCAAGAGCUCAGCAAGUGGCCCAGACACACUCUGACUUCACUGCGCGUGGUGCUGGACCCGAGGGCUCUGGAGACCUACAGAUUGCUCAGGGAGCCUUCGACUGUCUCUGCUUUUUGAAGAAAUUUUAGCAGAGCAAUGGGGACGGAGGACAAAUGACCAAGGAUAAGAAGUCAGUGCUCCAAGAGACGCCAACUGUCCUUCCUGUAAAGGAGAAGCUAUGUUAAUGAAGACGUUUGAUGGAUGGAUCUUGAGACAAGAAAUUAAAUGAAUCCGAUGCAGAAAUUUAGCCAUGGAGUCUUUCUCUGCUGAGACCAACUCAACUGGCUGGUACUUAGAGACUCGGUAUUUGCCCCAAACAAUUCUUGCCAUGGCCAUUCUUGGCCUCACUUUCAUACUGGGAUUGCCAGGCAACGGGCUGGUGCUGUGGGUGGCUGGCCUGAAGAUGCGGCACACAGUAAACACGGUUUGGUUUCUUCACCUCACCUUGGCAGACUUCCUCUGCUGCCUCUCCUUGCCCUUCUCCAUGGCUCACUUGGCUCUCCAUGGACACUGGCCGUAUGGCAAGAUCCUAUGCAAGCUUAUCCCCUCCAUCAUCAUCCUCAACAUGUUUGCCAGUGUUUUCCUCCUUACUGCUAUUAGCCUGGACCGCUGCUUGCUGGUACUCAAGCCAGUCUGGUGCCAAAAUCAUCGCACUGUGAGAAGAGCCUGCAUUAUCUGUGGAUGCAUUUGGCUGGUGGCUUUUGUAAUGUGUGUACCUGUCUUUGUGUACAGGGAAACAAGCACCCUAGACAACCACACUAUCUGUAGCUACAAUUUUGGUUCCACCUCAUUUGACUAUCUGGACUACCCUUAUGACCCAGAUACACUGGACCACGGGACUCCUGACCCCACUGUCCAGCUACCUGGAGAAACGGAAGACGGACUGGCACCUUCUUUCCAAUCGCAUAGUCAUCCUUGGUCAGUCACCACUGUCCUCCAUUCUCAAACAUCUCAAAGACCUUCUGGAGAUUCAUUCCAUAUGGGUUCCACACAAUUGUCUAGUCAACAUAAAUCUGCUGCUGUGGGCUCACUCACAACCCUCAGUAGGCUUCCCACAGAAGAGAGCAGAACUAACACAUUACAUAAUUCUGAUCCUUUUCUCUCCACUGAUUUAGACCUCUUCCCCGAUGCUUCCCGCAAUGGCUUAUCCACGCCUGAGCUAUCAGAAGACUUCCAGUAUGAUUAUUUAAGCCCAGUAACUUACGAAGAUCAAGCCCCUUUGAUGGCAAUAACCUUCACAAGACUAGUGCUGGGUUUCCUGCUGCCUACGAUCAUCAUGGUGCUGUGUUACAUCCUCAUCGUCUUCCGAAUGGGACGGGUGCGCAUCGUGAAGUCUCGGAACAAAGCCCUGAGUGUGGCCGCGGUGGUAGUGACCGUCUUCCUCGUCUGCUGGACUCCGUACCACGUGUUCGGAGUCCUCACCCUGUUUAUGGACUUGAACAGUCCCUUUGGGGAGGCUCUGCUGUCCUGGGACUGUGUGUCCCUCGCUCUCGCAUCUGCCAAUAGUUGCUUCAACCCCUUCCUCUACGCCCUCUUGGGGAAAGAUUUUAGGAAGCAAGCACGGCAGUCUGUGAAGAGUGUUCUGGAGGCAGCCUUCAGUGAGGAGCCCACGAAGUCUACCAGUUGUACCCAAACCAACAUCUUUUCAGAAAAACACAGCCUCAGUACAAGUGUGUGAAAAGACAGAGCAGCCGAUAUGAGAUGUUCACAGGUGAAUAUUUGCAGGAGGAGGAGGGAUACGGUAAUCAGAAGGCACUCAUCAAUCCAGUUGUUCUCAGUGUGGGCCUGGACUAUAGGAAUCAACAUCACCUGGAAAAUGGUAGAAAUGCAAAAACCCCAUCCCAGACUUGCUAAAUCAAAACCACUGGCCAGGAGGUCCUGCUAAGGGUUUAACAGACCCUCUUGGUUUUGGUUCCAGUGUGGUAUUUCCACAUACACAUAGAGCAUACACUGAUCAACCAACCCCCUACUGGCCCAACUUCUAGUAAUCACUUUUCUACUUUGAGGAGACUCAGUAUUCAUCCCAAACAAUUCUUGCCACAGCCAUUCUUGGCCUCACUUUUGUACUGGGAUUGCCACGCAAUGGGAAGUUUUCAACUCCCACAUGAGAAUAUGCAGUACUUGUCUUUCUGUAUCUGGCUUAUUUCACUUAACACAAUCCCAUCUGUCUCCCUGCAAGUUUCCUGAUUUCAUUCUGUAUAGCUGAAUACUACUCCAGGGUUUAUAUAUACCAUACUUUCUUUCUCCAGUCACCUGUUGUCAGGAACCUAGGAUGAUUCCAUCCCUUAGCUACUAUAGUGUCGCAAUAAACUUUCUUGAAUUUGUAAAGUACCCAGGUCCUCUCACCUUCUUUUUCCCUGUGUAUACUUCUGCGUGUUAAACCUUGGAAAUUUCCGGCUUGCUUGUACUACAACAUAGCCGCAUAUAAGCUAAAUAUGACAAUCUAAAAAGAAGAAAGUGUGGCAUAUUUAAGAUUUGCAAGACAUUUGUUUAAUGGCUGAGCUGAGAGACUGGACUAUAAAUAUGUUGUAAAGUAACUGAGCAGAAAGAUUUCAAAUCACAAGGAAUUCCGUAGGCCAUGGGAUAAUCAUGUCUGGCAUGCUGUAAGACUUGUGGGGCUACCUUUCAAAUUUCAUUUGCUUAUAAAUUUUAUGAGAAUAA